UAAAAUGACAGCGUGUAACGGGAUAUAAAUUUUACUAAUACAGAGUACUAUAUAUUUCACCGUUUGAUUAUAUACUUGAUUUUGAUUGUCAGCCCGUUAUGCUGACAUAUUCGUUUUUAUCAUCGAAUGUUUGAUGAAGAAGAUGUAUAUGUGCAAUAAUCAUGUAUAUUUCAAUCAUGGCUCCUAUAUGCAAAAAUCAUAUGACAGUCAGCCUUUUUGGCGACUCAUAAGAAGCCAUGUAAUUUUUUAAAGCUUCCUUUCUGGUUAUUCUGUGAUAACACAGCUUAUAAUAAUAUAAUAGGUUAGGUUCCCGUUAACUUUUUAACAAUAUUUUGUGGCUACCAUUAACCACGAUCACGAGCACGACCGGCCUUUCGCGACGGCGGGGCGCGGGCGUUGCUCGUUGAAAAGAAGAUAAACGUACAAACAAUUGGUUCUGUUAAAAUUGGCGGUUUUUUGUUUCUAAUUAGCAUUGUAUUUAAUCAAUAUUAUUACUCUUGCUGUGCUUUGUCAAAUAUAUUUUUCGUUUUAGUACUUAGUCAAUAGCUUGUAGUGUUUUAGUUUUUAGUAGUUAAUGAUUCGCGACUUAACAAUUUUUAAACAAAUUUAACGUAAACACGAGAAGUCUUUUGUAUUUAAUUAUUUAACGUCCAUCUUAGUGACUUCAAAUUAAUUAACAAUCAAAUAAUUGGUUUUCAUCAAUUAAAUCCCAAUAAGUUAAUAUGGCUAAGACGUCGAGAAGAGGGGCAUUAAUUGUUUUAGAAGGCUGCGAUCGAUCUGGAAAGUCUACUCAAUGUUCAAAACUUGUUGAAAGAUUGAACAAUUUAAAAAUACCAGCGAAAAAGAUUUCUUUCCCAGAUCGCUCUACACCUAUUGGAACUAUAAUCGAUCAAUAUCUAUCAAGGAAAAUUGAUCUUCCUGAUCGAUCUGUACAUUUAUUAUUUAGUGCCAAUCGUUGGGAAUUAGAACCUGAAAUACACAAACAAAUACAAUCCGGAGUUACACUAAUAGUAGAUCGUUAUUCAUAUUCAGGUAUAGCAUUUACGAGUGCAAAAAAAUGUGUCAACUUAAAUUGGUGUUGUGCUCCAGAAAAUGGUCUACCCAAACCAGAUUUAGUGAUGUUUUUAAAAUUAUCAUUAGAAGAAAUGAUGAAACGAGGGGGAUUUGGAGAAGAACGAUAUGAAAAUACCGAGUUCCAAAAUGAAGUCGAUAAAAAAUUUGAAAAACUAAAAGGUGAUAAUUUCAUUCAAAUAGAUGCUGCCAAAGAUAUUUUUAGUUUAAAUAAUUGUCUUAUAGAGUUAGUAUUGAAAACUAUUAAUGAUGUUGAAGAUCAACCUUUAAAAGAGAUAGAUUUUAAUUUUUAAACUUGGAGUCACUAAACAAUGUAUUUAGUUAUUCAACAUUAACAAAUUAUUAUCUAUAUUAUUACACAUUGACCAGACAUCUGAGACAAAUGAGUACAAUUCAAUUUAUUAUUUUUUUAUGUAAUGAUGUAAACAAAUUAAAUUUAUAUGUAUUUUAUUUUGAUAUUCAUAUUAUAAUUUUAUAAGGGAUUUUUUUUUAUAUGUGAAUAUUUAUACAUUUUUUAAAAUUUGAUUUGAAAUGUUUAGGUUUUAUCUAAAAUAGUUUCUAUUUUGUUGUAGUAUUUUAUAGGUUCCAAAUAAUUAUAAAAUAUUUUUAAGAUUACACAGUGCACCUUAAUUUUGUUUUGUAUGGUUGGUGUAAACAAUUUUUUUUAUAACUUCUGUUAUUUUUUAACCAUGGCUUAAAUAUACAAGGUUAUUGCGUACCCACUUUUUAUUAUAUUAUCAAUUCAUAAAAUAGCUGCAUAAUAGUACA